CUUCCCGCAACUAAGCGUCUAGUAAUAGUCCCGUGUUGAACUCGAAAGCGUUGAUUCGUAGCUUUGAAAAAGAUAUUUCCGUGAAUUAAACACUCAAAUCGACAAGGGCUCGCGUGAGGACACUUUUUGAAGCAGUUAUUUUUAUAUAACCACAUACAUUUAUUCUUACCCAUGGAUGAUCAUAUGGAUAUAAGCUCCACGACACCUUCAUACGGCGUUCAGAACGAAGGUCAAAAAUUCGGAAGAGAUCAGCAUGUGAACUCGCUGAUGGAUUUGAGCAGAGAAGCAGCGGCACAUAUACCAGAGGAGGAGGAUAUUUUAGAUCUGGCCGGGGGAGCGAAAGAUGCGAUCGAGAGGCACCGGUCCACACUGCGACGUACCGAGGAGCCACUGCUGGACUUAAAGCAGCCAGAACCAGAACCAGAACCAUCAACAACCACCUCUGAUCCAAAGCCAGCAGCGGUGAAACCAGCACCGAUCAGUGCAUUUGGUGACGCAACAACAAAACAGAAUAAAACAGAUGACAAAGAAGAAAGAACAACAGUCACACCAUCCAAACCUGAAUCUAAAACUUCAUUGGUGGACCUGCUGUAUUGGCGAGAUCUCCAGAGGACGGGGGUGGUGUUUGGAGCCAGUCUGUUUCUGCUGCUGUCCCUCAGUGUGUGCAGUAUUAUCAGCGUCUCCUCCUACAUCGCACUCGCUCUGCUGUCUGUCACCAUCUCCUUCAGGAUAUACAAGGGGAUUUUACAGGCUAUUCAGAAGUCGGAGGAUGGACACCCCUUCAAGAUGUAUCUGGAUAAGGAUAUCGCAAUCCCGACCGAGAUGGUCCAUAAGUACAAUGAUGUAGCACUGGGGCACAUCAACGCUGGCAUCAGGGAGCUGCGACGGCUCUUUCUGGUGGAGGAUCUGGUGGACUCGCUCAAGUUUGCAGUUCUCAUGUGGAUCCUGACCUAUGUUGGUGCCUUGUUCAAUGGUCUCACCCUCCUUAUUUUGGGUCUCAUUGGUGCUUUCAGUUGGCCAGUCAUCUAUGAAAAACAUCAGGCACAAAUUGACCAUUACUAUGGACUGGUGAACAAGCAAAUCAAAGAUAUUGUGGGAAAGAUCCAGGCCAAGAUUCCCGGAGCGAAGCCAAAGACAGAGUGAAGAAAGUUAGACUGUGUGUUUUCUGUGCAUGAAAAGUGAUUAAUGGUGGAACAAGAGAUGUGAUGGACAGAAUCGUGUUUGGUUUAAGAAAAAAAGGCCUUAGACGAUGCAAUGUAAACCUUUUCCCCUCCCCCAGUGUUUGAAAUCUUAGCAUAACCGUGAAUUUGAAACCUUUUUAAACCUCUUAUCAGUUGCUCUGACAAGCGGAGUCGUCACUGUCUUUCAAAAUAGAUCUAGCCCUCCAUGUUUAAAGUAAACACAGCUACGUAACACCAUUUCAAAAUGUAGUCCGAGGAACUGAUGUUGAUGAAGGCAGGAUUUGAUGAGGUCUUUUAGUUUAAUAUUCAGUCCGUGAAGUGUUCACCUCGUUUGAAGGCCAUUUCGAUUAAUUUCUGUACGAUAAAGGAAGUGAAUGCUUUUUGUGAUGAAGUUCCUUCUCACAAGUCUUUUGUUUUUAGCCUUUGUUUUUUUUUUUUUGUGUUGGCGUGAUAGAACACAGUGGUAUAGUGGUGUAACUGUUAAAAUUAGGAAAUUAAAUCAUCGUUAAAGAGGCUUCUAGUGUCUCGUUUUAUUUCGCACAGGGAUCUGUUACAUCAUACUACACCUUUAUAUCCAUUGAACUUUUUAGCUGUUUAGUGAAAAAAUAAAUAAAGGCCCGUCUCCUCAUCACCUUCCUGUCGUGUCUAAUUGUCAGAAUCAACCGGCAUUAGCAGAAUUCGCCAUCGCCCUCUUAGAUCGAACACCUGACACGGCAAACGCUUUUUAAAAACUCACAAAUUUCAAGCACUGUUUAUCAUGCAGGUCAUUGUAAAUGAUAAAUCCGUUUUGAUGAAAAUAUGCUAAAGAAUGUCUGUGGAACAUUGUGAAAUAUAAGCCAAUAAAGUACCAAUAAAGCUUGUAGACAAACUA